CGUGAGCCGUGACCCGGGUCGGUGGGCGGGGCCGAGCUGAUCAGCUGACCGGCCCUGCCGUCACGUGACGCUGGCCCGGCCAGACGAGGCUCGGCUGAAGCAGGAGCAGCUGCGGAGUUUGACCAUAUCUUCGUCCAGUCUUAAAACAGCUUCCUAAGGUAGUCGGUGGAAUAUCACUGCCCUGGGAGCGAUAUAAAACAAUGCAUUCUAAGUGGUUUAUUGGCCUAUAAUGUAAAAUAUCUUCACCAUGGAAGAAUCUUCAUCUGGAAUGAACACUACGAACACGCAUCCAUUUGGGAAGGAGGAAGAUGACUCGUUAGAGAGACUGUUUGUGUUCUUUUGUGAGCAGUUGCGGCUGGGGAACUGGGCCUUAGCACAAGCAUGUAUGCCCCAACUAAGGCAAUGGCAAGCUGGUGGUGCAGGACAAGUGAAGGAAAUCCUCCAGGCAAUCAUUGUCUGUCCAUAUAAGCUAAGGUGGGAGACGAUUUCUAGCCCUCAUCGACUUGCCUGGCUGUGGCUACUGGAGCUAGAACGGUGGUGGUCACAUGAACAGAUAUCACUUCCACCAUUUGUCAGAAGGGAGAUUGAAUUCUUUUUGCUCCUGGAACAGCUACAGCCACAGAUCUCUCAAGAUGUCUUAAAGGAACUAAAUGAUAUAUUUUUUAAAUGUCAUAAUCCUGAUGUGAUGAUUGAGAAGCAAGAGGACAUCAGUGCCUAUACACUAAGUCCUGAGGCAUUUUCUUCUUUGUGGAAACUUUUACCCAGGAACCCUCAACUUGUGAAGGCUGUGGUUUCUUAUUUGUUGGUAGAAAGUAGUGAAAGUUCUGCUGUGGAGCACAACCAUAGGCUACAGAAACUAUUCAUCGACUUUCUGCAGGAUGCUCUGUGUACACUAAAAGAAGCUCGCAAGGGAAAUGCCAAGAAUCGAUCUGUCAUGGAUGUGCAUGAGUUAACAGAAAAACAAAUAUAUGCUGUUGUUUCUGUGCUUACUUUUGAUGUGGAAAGGCAGGCCUAUGAAACCCAGCAGUUAUGUGAGGAGCUCUAUGAUGCUUGCUGUGCGACAGAAUAUGGACUGAGUGAGGAGCACUUACUUGGUUUCAUGCUUAGAAAAUCAAACCAAACUCUGAUUAAUUUGUACAGCACUGUAUCCAUCAAGAAGAACAAAGAAAAGCUGGUAGCGCAAAUCUCACCUCAAAGAGUUUCUCUUGGACUAUCAGAGGCUGAAAAAGUUACGUUAGCGUCAUUAGCAGACUCUGAGGAACCUCUUUCUUGGAAGGCAGCCUACUUCUACAGCAUGAGCACCAGUAAGCACUUUCUGGAACAGGUUCUGGCUACUGCUUUGCAAUUAAUAAAGCGGGAGGAUUACAGCACUUUAAGCAAAUUAACGAAGAAGACAUUCAAGCCUCUUUCACGACUCAUGGUGUUGCUGGGGUGGACUCACUGCCAAAGUCUAGAAUCAGCUCAGAAUCUACUAUGUACGCUCCAUCAAAGCAAGGAGCAAUGUUGCGAUGCUGUGCUCCAAGACUUCUGUGGUGGGUUGUCUUCUCACAUUGAGGUUCUUGCGUGGUGUUUGAAAUGGAACAGGAACAGCAUUCCUGAAACGGAUUUUAUUCGCCAUUUGCACAGUUUGGACUGCCACUCUGCUUUGUAUAGUUUGCAUCACCUUACAAACCUGCCUGCACUGAAAGUGGAAGAUGUCAUUGGCCUCCUUCAGAAACAACCUGCUAAUGGAAAUGGUGCAAGGUCUCAAAGCAUGACUCAGCGGCGAAAUGUGACAUUGUAUCAAGCAUUGUGUGCCCUUAAGUAUGCCAUAUAUGCAAUCUGUGUAAAUGCACAUCAGCCAUCUUUGUGUAAGGACUGUCCAUAUUGGUCACUGGAAGCAGCUGUUAAAGAUGUUUCGCUUGAAACUGAUCAUGCCUGGAAUCAAGGUUGUUCUUCAGUUUUCAAGUUUUAUUCGUCCCGGUGUCAAGAGUUUCUACACAUGAUCCCUGCUCCUUUCCGAUUAGAGGUGUUGGAGAAUAUCUUCUCUUUAUUAUUUUUGUCCUACAAUGACCUCAAUGGAGAUAAAACAAGACAUGAAGGACAAUUUUGCCUUGAUGAAGAAGGAGACACUGAACAAAUACAAGCAGCAGUGGGUUUCGACAGAAUUGUAGAACACUUGGAAUCCACACUGGAAUUUGUGCAUAGUGAGCACUCGAGCACUGGUUUGGAUGAGAAGGCUCCACAGAAGAGCUCACGGGUCCUCCGUAAUGGCUGUCUGCAGAAACUGAAUGUCAAAAACUUUGUGUCUGCGUCUGCAGAAAAUGAUACAACAGAGCAGCUGGAAUAUCUGAAUCUAAAGCAUUUUGCUAUGAGUGUAAAUCGUGGGAAUGACUUUUUAGUGAAUGCAGUGACGAUGAACGUAUUUCUGGAGGUGAUAAAGGAUCAUCUGGAGGCACUGAAAUGCCAAAUUCCUUGGACGCCCUGCAGUGUACCUAAGGAAGAUAUACAGUUAGUCGAGUGCCUGAAUUGUUCAAUUAGUGCAGAAUCUUUUGAGAGUCGAUUAGCACAACUUUCCAGGUAUAUCUGUGAAGCUCAAUGGAGGUACAAAGUAGUGACGAGCAAUGGAACAACUGAAGGCGACUUGCCUUGCUUCACUAAAAGUCACCGACCGCUGUCAAAGUGUUCUACCCUAAAGAGGCGAAACAGAGUACGAAGAAAAAGGAUGGGUAAGAAAUGCAAAGUUGCCUCUCCUCCGAAAAAAUGGAAUACUUCUCUUCUGCUUUUCUCCAGUUUUCUUCCUCUUGAGGUUUGGGUGUGCCAGCUAUUUCUACUGUACACUGCCUUCACUGCCCACUGAUAG